AUGAACAGCGACUUGAAGGCUGACAUCGUCGCCUGUGUCAGGAGCGAGAUGGCCAAACUAAAGGGCCAAAUAACCACGCAGCUUCAACAGCAGGCGCGGCCUGCCUCAUACGCCCAGGCCGCUGCGACCAGCAGUGGGCCGGGCUCUCUUCCCAGCAUGACCACUAUGCCACCAGCCCGCGGAACAUCUAUCAACAAGCCGGCCAUCGUGGUGACCCCAAAGGUAACCCCCAAAUCACGACAGGAAGCAAUCGAGGCGUUUAAGAAGAGCAUAUCGUAUCGCACAGCGAAUUAUGCACCAGCUAGGGUUCAGGCAGUGUCAAAUCACAAACUUAGAGUGGAAUUUGAUACAACCGAACAACGUAACGACACCCUACAAAAGCUAAAAUUGUCUGAGCACGUAAGCGUUGAGCCGGCUAAGGGACUGCGGCCAAUGAUUAUACUAAAGGGUAUAUCCAAAGAUAUACCAGCUGAAGAGAUAGCUGGUAUUGUCAGGGGGCAGAACCCAGAGUUGAAAGAGGCUUUUAUUGAGGACGAUGACAUGCGCCUCCGAUUUAGGCGUAGCAACGAAAACCCGGGGCUAUACAACGCAGUGUUUCUUGUGGCACCCAAACUCUUUCGUAAAUUCAUUGAAAAGGGCAAAAUCAGUGUUGACUACCAGCGAUUACACAUCAGCGAAUUCUCACCCUUUCUGCAGUGCCACAGGUGUCUGCAGUUUGGGCACAUUAAAAAGUACUGCACAGCCGCAACUAGUCAAUGCUCGCACUGUUCCAGUAAGGAGCACACAGGCGAAAAAUGUCCUGAUAAGGGCAAACAAGGUGGCUAUCAAAUUGCAUUGCUGUCGGAGCCAUAUGUUGGCUCAGGAAAUGAGGUGCGACCAACUCAGGGACUCAACAUACAUCAAUUUGGUGGAAAAGGUAGAGUUAAGGCGUGUAUACUCACUAAACCAGGCUGCGGUCAGGUGAUUGGUAUGUCACAAUACUCUAACUCAAAUCUUUGCGUUAUUCAAUUCACAAGUGGCGGUCAUAAAAUACUCAUAGCCUCCGCAUAUAUCGAACCGAAUUCAGACGAAAAUAACACAUUAGAGCAUAUAGAUAAUUUUCUCAAGAUCUCCCGAUGCCCAAAUACCAUCAUUGGCGGUGACUUUAAUGGAUGGCACCAUCUAUGGGGCAGUAAGACCAAUAACCCUAGAGGAUGUGCGGUAGUGGAGCUGGCACAUGCAAAUGAUCUCUUCGUUUGCAAUGUCGGCACCUCACCCACCUUUGAAACCGUCACACACGGCAGGGAUCGGACUUCUAUAAUAGACCUCACAUUGGCCCAUGGACACAUAUUUGACCGUGUAGUCGGGUGGAAGGUCAACCUCAACGCCUGCCCUUCAUCGCAGCAUAAUGCUGUGGAAUACGAGAUUGCGACUGAGAAUUCUUCCUUAAACUCCUCAUCGAUAACCAACUCCACGUUUAAGUACAACAGCAACAAGGCCAAUUGGGGAAUAUUCAAGGAUGCACUCCACACGCUUAUGACCAAUACAGAUAUAUUGGAGAGAGACAUCGGAUCGCUGAACACAGCUGGCUUGGAGACAUUGAUUGAUGACAUCUGCGGGAUCAUUCAUAAAGCGUGUGAAGAAUCUAUGCCGACAAAGAAAGGCCGAUCCCUGACGAAGCAUCGCCCGUUAUGGUGGACGGAAAAACUGACAGACCUCAAAAAAGAAGUCAUCCAGUUACACCACAGACUAAACCGAAUGAGACGUCGGAAUCUGCCUCUAGAUCAACUAGCAGAGGAAUUAAAUAAUAAAAAGGCAAUAUAUGCGGAGGAACUGAGGGCGGAGUCUUCCAGGAGUUUUAGAGAGUUCUGCGAACUAGAAACAAAAGAAAACGUUUGGACUCUCACGAAUAGACUUCUGAAGGACACUGCACCCAAGCGGCCACCAGCCACCAUAAAAAUUGGUGACAAUUACACCAGCAGCGAAACGGAGACGGCCCAAGCACUCCUGGAUCACUUUUACGGUGAUGAUACACCAGAUAAUGACACGCACCAACACCAGUUUCUUAGAUCCAGAAUCGGGAAUGAGCCAGAUGGAGUAGAUGAACCCCCAUUCGCUGUCGAGGAGAUGGAAGCAAGCUCGAGAAUGGCGGUGUGGGAGCGGCUUUCGUCUGUUUCGAAGGUUCAAAAGUUAUAUAUAAAAAAGAGGCUGAAACUACAUACUAGCUGCUCUGUGUUCCAAGCGGAACUCUUGGCGAUUAAAGAGGCUUGCGAGUGGACUUUGGACCGGAGAUUGAAGCAAGGAGACGAAAGAUACCAAAGGGGCACAAGGAUGCACAUGGGCUGCAAGGAGGUUAUACAGAUCUUGAGUGACUCUCAGGCGCCACUGAGAGCACUCCAAAAGAGAUCUAACACCCACCCCAUUGUGGCAAAGACUCAUGACACAAUAUAUACAGCUGCUCAAGUGGAUCUUAAUUUCAUAUUCUCAUGGGUUAAGGGCCAUGCGGGCGACGCAGGUAACGAAAUUGCUGAUGAGACAGCCAAAGGCGCUGCCACACAACACAAAACUCCUGACUACGCGAAGUUCCCUAUGAGCUUUGUAAAAAGGACUAUGAGGGAAAAAACUUGGAGAACUUGGCAGACAAGAUAUGAAAGCGCGGAACAAGGAGCGCGCACAAAAGAAUUACUCCCAAAAUUGACGGACAUUUGUGCACUAUGGAAAGCAACCAAAGUAUCAUUUCAAUUAACGCAGGCUUUAACAGGUCAUGGCUACCACAAGGAAUAUCUGCAUAGAUUCAAAAUCGCUGCCGAUCCAUUCUGCCCCUGUGACAAUACCACUACUCAAACGUUAACUCAUUUGUUGAGGGAGUGUCCUAGAUUUGAGUACAAUAGACUAAGACACGAGAUGCUUUGUAGCAAUCUACGUAUAUCACCGUACUGUGUAACGGAACUUUCAAAUAAACAAAGUGCUAUUGAAUCCUUCGUUACAUUUAUUAAUUACAUCAUAGAUAAGCUUAAAGGAUUCAAUAAAUUGUAA